UUUCGAAUCGGACGGAUGGCGGUGCCGGUUAGUCAUUUGGGCCUGGAUUGGAACCGGAACGAAGGCAAUCGGAAUCAGGCAUUGCGGGAUUGGAGAUUUGGUGGGCUCCAUUUAAGAACGGUGCGAAGUGUGCGGCAGAACCGGACUCCGUUCAGGGACGAGACGGUGCGAGUGUGCCGCUCAGCACGUUUUGAACUAGAGCAGCUGAAGCUAAACCCGGGAGCUGAGAGCCCGAGGGUUGCUGUUGGAGAAUCAAACAAACAAGAGAUGAAGAGCAGAAAAUCAACAGGAACCCGUGACACAAAGGGAGAGCCCAAGGCCAAGAACAAGAGGAAUAGGGUGUCAAAAGAGGCAGAGGUUGAGGUGGUCGAAGUUCCUUCCUCUUCUUCUCGAGAACCAGAAGAAGAAGACGAAGAAGCAAAGAGCAGCAACGACUCCAACGGAAACAGCAACCAGGCGGCAAAAGAGGAAGAUGAUGGUAACGACGACGAGGAGGACAUCAACAUUAAUGGGAACCUAAAUAGAUCAAACGGUGAGGCGGGUUCAUGCCGUUUCCCGAUGAAUCGGAUCAAACGGAUCGUAAGGAACGAGGGUGACUUCCGGACAACCCAAGAGUCCAUUUUCCUCUUCAAUAAAGCUACGGAGCUUUUUCUUGAAUUAUUUUGUGAAGAUGCAUAUGCAUGUUCUGUGCAGGAUCGUAAGAAAUCUGUUGGCUACAAGCACCUUUCUUCUGUUGUCUCUAAACGGAAAAGAUACGACUUUCUUUCAGAUUUUGUGCCUGAGAAAGUCAGAGCUGAGGAUGCAUUAAAAGAAAGAAGAUUAGCUGAAACAUGAAAGUCAGGAUGUUCAGCAAGUACUUAGUAAGGAAACGUGCAGAUAAGUAGUUAUCUGCUUCCAGAAAUGUGUAUCAUUAAGGUCUUCUUGGCUACCUUGGUGUGCAACUAAUCCAAAGAGCAUGUAUUGUAGUAGUAAUUGGACAACAAACGAAUGACACCUUUUUACAUAGGGAAUCUAACUUAUUUGAUGGCAGAGAAAUUUCUGACUUCUUCAGGAUAAGUUACCCCGUUUCAAAUCUUUAAUACCUAGGUGCUUCUAUUUUCCAAAUUUUGUAACAAUGUUCAAUUUCUAUGGUAGCUGAUGAGAGAAGUAAUAGAUAAAUUGAUCCCUUAUAUGGGUGCCAGAAUUCCUGAA